UGAGCCACCUACCCACUUGCCCACUGUCCUUGUUGAAAGUCACCAUGCCUAGAGGUCAGAAAAGUAAACUCCGUGCCAGAGAGAAACGCCGCCAGGCCCAAGAAGAGUCCAGGGAUCAGGAUCUUCAACUAGCCCCAUACACCACCACUAGUGAUGCGGCUGUUCCGUACAUGGAAUUUGAUGAAGGUGCCAGCAACCUGGAGGAAGAAUUUCCAGACGUAGCAUUCACUGAGCCCUUCUACAGAAGCCCAAUGGAUGAUAAGGUGGUUAUGUUGGUGCAUUACCUGCUAUACAAGUAUCAAAUGAAAGAGCCUGUUACCAAGGUAGAUAUGCUGAGAAAUCCAAUUCAAGUAUUAAAGAAUCAAUACCAUGAGAUUCUUAAGAGAGCUUCUGAAUACCUGGAGCUGAUAUUUGGUCUUGACCUGAAAGAAGUGGAUCCCAACAGGCAUAUUUACGUCCUCGUUAACAAGAUGGAGCUAAGCCACAAUUCAGGACCAAAUGAUGACAGACAUGUGCCCAGCACUGGCCUUUUGAUGACUAUUCUGGGUGUAAUUUUCACUAAGGGCAAUUCUGCCACUGAGGAGCAAGUCUGGCAGAUAUUGAAUGCGAUAGGGCUAUAUGAAGAGAAAGAGCACUUCGUUUUUGGGGAUAUUAGGAAGCUAGUCACCAAGGAUUUGGUGCAGGAGCAGUAUCUGGAGUACCGUCUGGUGCCCAACAGUGAUCCUCCCUGCUAUGAGUUCCUCUGGGGCCCCAGAGCCUAUGCUGAAAUCACCAAGACGAAAGUCUCAGAGUUUUUAGGUAAAGUGCAUGAUACUAUCCCCAGUUCCUUCCCAUCCUGGUAUGAAGAGGCUAUGAGAGAUGAGGAAGAGAGGGUCCAAACACAUGCUGCAGCCGAAGCUCAUACCACUGCUGUAGCUAGUGCACGUUCCAAGUGAACGAAAAGCAGCUCCUCCCAACCUAGUACCACCCAAGGCAUAUUUUUCACUUUGUUGUUAAAAAGUUCAUAUUAUGAGAAGCAGAAAAUUGAGGUGGUGCUGAAUACAACUCUGUAUACCAUGUAUGUGUUCCUAUUUGCUUUGUUAAACUUGGUAUUUGAAAUUGUUCUUCGUUUUAAUUGGUUUUAUGAGCUUCAAAAAUCCAAGCUCCUGGAUAACAGUGCUCAGUUUUGCUAUGUAUGUGAUUUAAAAGUAAGGACUUUGUUAGAAUUCUGUAAUUUUGUAAAACAAACCAAAAGUUCUACCUUUUAAGUGAUUUGGAA